AUGGGCUUUUUCAGAGGGACGUUUAGGGAAGUGUUGAAGAAGAAAUCGGCCGACAAUUAUGAGGCACUCCCAUAUGUAACUACGUUACUGAGCACAAGUCUGUGGACUUUCUACGGAGCUCUCGACCCAGAUGACGGUGUGCUUAUUAUAACAGCAAAUAGUGUUGGUAUGGCAGCACAGGCCACAUAUCUCGCGCUCUAUCUCAUCUACGCUUCCAAUGAUAAAAAGGUUAAAUUCUUUGGUUUGGUAAUAUUAGACAUCGUUUUCCUUGGGACGGCGAUGGCUGUAACUCUUGUAGCAUUCCAAGGAAUUCUUUGUGCAACAUUCCCCAUAGCAAUGUAUGCAGCACCUCUGUCAGCCAUGAAAGCUGUGAUAAAGACAAAAAGUGUGGAGUACAUGCCAUAUUUCCUCUCCUUGUUUCUUUUCGUCAAUGCAGGGGUUUGGUUUACUUUCGCCAUGCUCCUCAAAGACUACUAUGUCCUUGUGCCAAAUGCUCUUGGGAUUGUAUUAGGAUCACUUCAACUCCUUUUGUACUUCCUCUACAAGAAAAACUCACCUUUGAAGAUGAUGGCCGAAGAAGGCACAUCUAACGUGGCCAAAGAGGGCAUUAGAAUGAACAAUCUCGUUGAAGAUGAUGAACCCAAAGGCAUAAUUAAAAACCAUAGCAAUGGAAGCCUCCAGGACCCUUCUGUGUCUCGACAAUAUGGCCUUCAAAGAGUGAUGAAGACACUUUCUCCGAGUAAACAGCAUAACUCUACUAGUUUAACUGAUGCACGUGAUGUCGAGAAUGGAGGUAGUCAGGAGCAUCCUUGA